UGUCGUCGGCUGUUUGUAGUUUUGUCAAUUAAUGGUUGGGUUGACUUCUAGUUAAAGAUUCUCGGGUCCCAUGUUCUUAUUCUUUCGAGCAUGCUAACAGCUGCUAAGACAUAUUUCGUCCAGUUUCACAGUAGUUUACUUCAGUUUACUUGUGCUUCGAUUGCAUUCGUUAUCGGUGUGCACGGAUCGCUUGGCCUCUGCAUAUGUAUAUGUUUUGCAAUGGCUGUGAAAGUGAUUAAUUUGGAGUGUGUUUGAUGAAAAUUGGAAGGUCUGAAUGAAAAUUUCGCAGUUUUACUGCUAAGAAGUGGUGUUUGAGUAUGUAAUUUGUGGUCAGUGUUGUAAAUUUGUUCAGUUGUGAAAGAAUAAUGAGUUUAAAUGUUCUUAAUUGGUAUUGCCAGCCUAUAAGGUAUGGUAUUUGGGCAAGCGAGACGCAGAGUGCAUUUGGUGCUUAUACACCAUGUGGCAUAGAUUCUUUUGUGAUCAGUGUAUCUCAUUUGGUGCUUUUGAUUUUGUGCUUGUACCGAAUAUGGUUGAUUACAAGGGAUGUUAUGGUGCAGCGGUUUUGUCUGAGAUCGAAUGUUUAUAACUAUGUAUUGGGGGUUAUAACCACUUACUGUACUGCUGAGCCUUUGUUCAGAUUGGGUUUUGGGGUUUCACUAUUUAACUUGAAUGAAGACUCCGGGUUUGCACCUUUUGAGGUGGUUUCCUUGAUUAUCAGUGCUCUUUCUUGGGGAUUUAUGUUGCUGAUGAUUGCCUUGGAAACAAAAAUUUAUGUUCGAGCAUUUCGAUGGUACAUCCGCUUUGCAGUUAUAUAUCUCCUUGUCGCAGAUACCGUGAUGCUGACCUUUUUGAUUUCCUUGAAGAAUUUUUACCCGAGGUUUGUAUUGCUUUUGUACAUGUGUACAUUCUUCUGCAAGAUUAUGUUUGGAAUGCUUCUCCUUUUUACAUUCCGAAUCUGGACCCUUAUCCGAAUUACAUCCCACUGUCAACGGGGUCUUCUGAUGACACAAAGUAUGAAGCACUUCUUGGAGGUGAUCAUGUUUGUCCAGAGAGAGAGGCCAACAUUUUUCCAGUGAGCAUAUAUCCUUGAA